AUGAAUUGUUCUGGACCCAUUAUCCGCCUGAGAUGGUCGCAAAAACACCAAGCACGUCCUGAUAAUAGAAUCCAAAAGCGAACAACACAUACGAGACAGAAUCUACAGCCUUCGACAGCCAGGCACUCUACCAUUACAGAUCAGCCGGAAGCUACCUUCCUGGAUUCAAAUUUCCCUUCGUUAUUUAAUACUACUGCUGUGGAUGGAAAUCAUGUCCUUUCUCCCACCCACGGUGGCGACGGCUGGAUCGAUGAAGUGUUUGGAGACAUGAUGCCGGAGCUCGUGUCAUUUGGUCUCAUACCGAAUGCGAGCACGACAUUAGUCCAAACGCCAGAACUGCUGCAGAUGGCAGAUGAUUUCGGCGCAACAACUGAGACUGCGGGGAUGAGCCCAAAGGCGCCACCACAGCAAGAGUGCGAGGUUUCAGCAUCGCCCGUCGCCUUAUUACCGAUUGAUACGAAUCGACCGCAGACCGUCUCAUCUCUACCAGUACAGGUCACGGAGACACCGCAACCUUACACUUCAACAGUUGUCGAUCGACCCAUAAACGAUUACAGUACCAUUCUCGUGGAGUACUACUUCAAAGACACAGCCGCUAUACUCGCCCUAUACGACAGCGAGAUGAACCCAUUCAGAUCAACAGUCUCUCGCAUAUGGACAUCCUCGGAGCUGAUGUACUGUACACUUCAAAGCAUGGCUGCGUCUUUUCUCUCAAAUGUCUAUCCUCAGUUGCUGAAUACCGGACUUUACUUUCGACAAAAGGCUAUCCGUCUUCUUAAUGACCUUGAUGACUCUGCGAUCCAUGAACAGGCGCUUAUUGCGUUGUUCAUGAUUGGUGGAACAGCUAGUUGGUUCGAUGUUAACGAUACUGGUUCCGAGUACUUCCCCCGGCUUAAGAAAUAUGUACAGAGUCUCAAGACUUCGGGGCGUAUGUCACCGACAGGACAUAGUCAAGCAUUUUUUGAGAAUACCCUGGCUUGCUGGGAAAUGUUCCUGGCCUUUGUGGUCGAUAGCGAUGAGACUGAUGUUUUUGAUUUACCGCAUCUACCGCUGUUACCGGCAGAUCCUCAACCAGGACCUGGAUCAAUAUUCCCCGUGGUCCAGAUCCCCCAUCCUGUAACUGGAGUUGCUCAUGAGAUCCAUACUACUCUCGCAAGAGUCGGUCGCUUGGUCAGAAGAAACCGCCGUCGCGCCAUGUCCAAGCAAUUCCUCACACGCGAAUUUAUCUUGGAGGCACAUCGCGAGGUUGACGAAGCAGCGAAAUUAGAGAUGUUUCUCACCAACCUACAAGUUCCGUUAGAGUCCGCUAUAGUGCAGACGGGAGACUCACGAACACCGACAUGGCAUCUCACAGCUCUAGCAGAAGUUUAUCGCUUUGUUGGCCUUCUUCAGCUGUACCAUGUCUUCCCCGAUACUCUUGUAUCGAGGAUGAACCUACAGAACUCGAAUGCAGGGGCUGAAGUAUCUGCACACGAAGCGGAGGAGCGGCUAAGACAAUUCACUCUCAAGGCCGUCGAAAUCCUGCGCUCCAUACCAGCUGAAUCUGGGACCAAGGACUUUCAUCCUUUUCUGAUCGUCGCAGUCUGCAGUGGACUCACGAUUCCCGUUGUUGAUGUGUCAGUUUCUCCACAGAGCCUGGCGGGCUUGGGGAAUUCGUUAGCUCUAGUGGCGGCUGAUGUGCAUCGGGCGCGAGGAUUCUUGAGGGGCCGACUCCAGCUGCUUUUGCACUCUCUCCCCAAGAACCCGAUUCAGCGAUGCAUUGACAUUGUUGAAGCGACUUGGGCCGAGACAGAUAAUCGGCAUGGGAGUGUAGGACGACCUGCGUACUGGAUGGAUGUGAUGAUGCAGAAUAACUGGGAGACUUUUAUGGCGUGA